UUUUGUUGGAUGCACGUGAGGAGUGCGACGUCAUCAUAAACACUCGUAGGCAAAAUGGCGACUCCGGGACCCGGAAAGAUUGUGUUUCAUCAUGAAGGUGUAUUUAUACAUUCAUCUUGUGGGAAAAAUGAAGGACAAGAUACUUUAAUUCCUGGGAUACUAUGUGUCAUAGAAAAGGAUGUGGAAAUUAUAGUAGAUUGGAGACCUCUGGAAGAAACAUUAGAUUCCUCAAAUAUUCUAUGUGCUGUAAAGGAUUCAAGCUCUGUUGUAGAGUGGACACAGUCUCCAAAUGAAAGAAUUGUCCGUGGGCCAGAGCAUCAGAACAGUUAUGAAGCAGAGUGGGACAUGGUCAAUACUGUUUCUUUCAAAAAGAAGCAAUUUACAAAUGGUGUUCAGAGUCCCCAGAACAACCAGAGCAAAUGGUCAUUCCUCUUCAGCUUGACUGAUCUCAAGUCAAUUAAACAGAACAAAGAAGGCAUGGGGUGGUCUUAUUUAGUUUUCUGCUUGAAGGAUGAUGUUGUCCUUCCAGCUCUUCACUUCCAUCAAGGAGGAAGCGAACUCCUGCUUGAGUGCCUUCAAAAAUAUGUGGUGCUUUGUGAGUGGUUUAUUCGAGUUCAGACUGUAAGACGUAUUCCUAACCAAAGUAAAGCAAGUAUAGAGAAUCACCUUGUGAAAUCAGAAAGCAACACUCCAGUAUUACGGCACUAUCACGGACUGUGUAACUUUUUCGACAUGGACCCUCACCUUUCACAUUUUGGGGCCAUUGAUCUACUAGCAGCGUUUGAACGGAAAAUGGACUGGUGUUUUAAAGAUUUAUCACGCUCCUUACAUCAGGAGCUUGCAAGCGCUGGCGCCAGAUAUGAGAAUUGGGAGACUGAGAAGCAUGGUGGGAAUGCUAUCCUGAGCCCUCCGGACCACACGCAGUCUGAAAACACAGCAGACCCAACCUUUGAACAGACUAUGCUGAUACAACUAAGGCACCAUGAAAGCCGAUCUGAAUCGACCACUAAUGAACUAAAAACUUUCUCCUACACUGAUUUGGAAGCUGCUAGGAUCACCACCUUAACGAAAGGUUUGAGGGAUUUCCUGAAAAGCACCCCUAACGAUACUACAACUAAAGAUUUUGAAAAGCUGAAAAAGAAACGGCUGGCUUAUGACUUGCACGCUUCAACUUUAGCGGAAUAUCACAGAGUGAAGCGUAUUCCAAGAAGUCUGCCAAUGAGCGCCAGACCUACACUUAUGAGAGAUAACACUACCUACUGUGACAGGUUUGAGCAGAUACUAAACAAAUACUCUAUGGACUUAAUGGUGCUCACAGUAGAAUGCCUCACUCAAGAAGUUAAUGAGCAAGAUGUUAAACUGGCUGAAAUUGAAGAUACUAUAAAAAACACGUUACCAACUGACGAGUCUAAAAAAAUCCUGUUACAGACCAAUACAAAUUCCAUGAUACCUAUUAUUUUAACCUCCUUUUUUUCACAGAAGCUAAAGAAGGACCCUUAUACUGCUACUAUGGUUGGCUUUUCUAAAGUGACUAAUUAUAUAUUUGAUACAAUACGGGGCUCUGAUCCGUCCACACAUCAUAGACCUCCUCAGGAAAUGGCUGACUUUCUUGGUGAUGCAAUACCAGAUUUAAAAAUAAACCAACAAGAAGAACUGGGAUUUGAAGUAAUAACUCGUAUUGAUGUUGGGACACGUCCAGAGGUCCAGAGAAGAGACCCAAUAUCAGUCAGUGAAUGGGAGAGCAAUUUGGACUAUGAAGGGCGAAUAAAAAAUGUGGACCACAUGAAAAACAUGAUAUUUAAAGGGGGACUUUGCCAUGGUCUGAGAAAAGAAGCGUGGAAAUUUCUGUUGGGUUAUUUUCCUUGGGAUAGCACAAGGGAAGAAAGAGCUAAUCGGCAAAAAAGGAAAACAGAGGAAUAUUUUCGAAUGAAACUUCAGUGGAAAUCGAUCAGUGAAGAACAGGAAAAAAGAAAUUCAAGAUUAAGAGAUUAUCGAAGUUUAAUAGAAAAAGAUGUCAACCGCACAGACAGAACAAACAAAUUCUAUGAGGGCCAGAAUAAUCCAGGAUUAAUUCUUCUCCAUGACAUUUUAAUGACAUACUGCAUGUACGAUUUUGAUCUUGGCUAUGUACAAGGAAUGAGCGAUUUGCUUUCUCCUGUUUUGUAUGUUAUGGAAAAUGAAGUUGAUGCAUUUUGGUGCUUUGUUUCAUUCAUGAAUCAAAUGCAUCAGAAUUUUGAAGAGCAGAUGCAGGGAAUGAAGACACAACUAGUUCAGUUGAGUACGUUGCUACAUUUGUUGGACAGCGAGUUUUGCAGUUAUCUUGAAUCUCAAGACUCUGGCUAUUUAUAUUUUUGCUUCCGGUGGCUUCUGAUCAGAUUUAAAAGGGAAUUUAGUUUUCAAGAUAUUCUGCGAGUUUGGGAGGUAAUGUGGACAGAAUUACCCUGCGAAAAUUUUCAUUUGCUCAUUUGCUGUGCUAUUCUAGAAUCUGAAAAACAACAAAUAAUGGAGAAACAUUAUGGUUUUAAUGAAAUUCUUAAGAAUCCAGAAUCGACAGUGCAGCACUGGAUGAAAGAUGCAAGGGUCUGUCAGGAGUCCAGAAACUCAUUGACCUUUUAUACACACACACUAAUUUCAAGAAAACAGAUCACAGGUCAGGCCAAAAUCACCAGGCAUAUCAACGAACUUUCCAUGAAGUUGCAUGUUAAUGAUGUCCUUUGCAAAGCUGAAGCAAUUUCUUUGCAGAUGAUGAAGUGCAAGGAUUUGCCUCCGGCUGUCUGUGAAGUUCUUGGCCUUAAAAUCAAUUCAGUAACACCAGCUGUUGUAGACGCAAGUGAAGAAAACUUUGCCAAGAAUAAUUGCCAAAAAACACCACCUCAAAAUGUCACUGCACCUAUAAAUGCUGCCAGUGGGACAAGAAGUAACUCACGCCUGCAAACGUUGCCAAACAGUGUUCACUCACCGACUUCUGCCUGACAUUGCAGUAGUGUCAUCCUUAAUUCCAAUUGAACCCAUUAAAAACUUGAUGAGGAAGCUUGAUACAACAUUAAGCUUAAAUUACUACAAUUUUCAAAAAAUCAACAUUUUGUCUAUAGCAUCUUCUUUUCAUUAAAACUUUCUAAAACAACAUGACCCACUUAUUCUUGUAAAUUAAUUUUGAAUCAAAAUAAUUUUCCCCUUACACAUUCUGUAUUAAUAUAUUAUUCCACAGCUUUUUAUGGGGAAGUUUAUUCUUUUUUUGCUUAUGCAUUUUAAAACAACGACAAAUAGAGUAAAGUAGUAAACUGUUUAAGUUCCUACUAAUGGUCUAAUUGUAUCCCUGCCCAUCAAUAAGUGCCAUUUGUGGAUAACCUGAGAUUAAAUCAUGGUGCAAUUUCAUUUCUUAUAUUUAAAAUUACGAGUUUGCUUCUUUUUAUUAUAAUUGGCAAACAAAUUGAUUUAGCCUUGAUCAUUAAAAGAAGCAAAAUUGGGAAUUGUUUUGUAAAUCUUAAUGUAUACUACUUUUGUAUUUUCAUAUAAUUCAAAUAAUUAUAGUGGUACAUCAUAUUCCAUAAAGUAAAAAUGUUACUGUUUACUGAAGUUUAAGAUUUGUUGCAAUAUUUUUGUUAUAGUGCUCUUUGAUAAAUGUUCUUGAAUAUUUUAAAUAUAAUUUUUUUCUGUAUAAUAACUUUCCAUUUCAGAGUAUAUAUUUAUUCAUUUACAUUUGUAUCGGGUGGCAGAUAACCCUUUAGCUGCAAAAAGCAUUCAGAUGAAUGUUUGUCUUAAAUACAUUGGAUGUAUGUUUUUUCUAUUAAUCAGUUCCAGAUUUACUUAUAUGAAUGCACUUUGUAGUAUGCUUUUACAUGCAUUUGUAGGUAUUUUUUAACAAAAAAUAUGUUUCUUAUAAAUAAAUACAACUUUCUUUUUAA